AUGGACUCAGCAUUGUCCAAAGAACAUUUUAAUCAACUUGGAGGCAGCAUCGAAAGGAUAAUGCUUUUCGACAACAUUCAUAGAUUCUAUGAAUAUCCAUAUACACUGAAGCAAUUGCGUAUGCUUUCCCGAAA